AUGGUUCAGUCGUGGAUCACGUCUUUGCUAGUGAGCGCAGCUGUAGCUUCAUCUGCCGGAAUUCAUGGAUUCGCUGCAAAUGUUCCUGGGUCUAUUGGAAGACGAACCCCUAGCCCCGAUGUUGUGACCGAUAAUUUCGUGCCCGUGAGGGCGCUGCAUCACCCACAUUCUUUCCGUGGUCAAAAAGGCCGUUAUCGUCGCCAGUCUGGAGGGCAGACAAACAUCAGCGACUAUGGACAAGUUCGUUAUGUCACUGAAGUUACCUGGGGUAAGGAAACAUUCGACAUGAUGUUGGAUACCGGGUCGAGUGAUACAUGGUUGCUCCAGAAAGACUAUAAGUGCCUUAAUUCUAACGGAGUUCAGGUGCCUAAAAGUGACUGCUCUACUACACCCACCUUCUCCGGGAAUUACACAGGUGGACAGAUCGGAAAUGUGAACUUCAAUACUUCUUAUGGUACGGGAAUUGUGGCUGGCACAUUUGGCUGGGAAGAUAUUACUAUUGCUGGUAUCACAGUCCACAACGCCCAGGUAGCAAGUGUCACUGAAGCAUACUUCCCAACCUCUGUCAGCGGCUUGUUUGGCUUGGCAUUUUCGUCCCUGACUGGCGAGUGGCCAGGCAAUGAUCCGUCUAAGAACGUCAAGGGGGAGUACCAGACCUAUGAGCCCGUUUUCUACAAGAUGGUCAAUCAGAAGUUGAGCCUGCCAACCUUCAGCUUCGCACCACAGCGGAACGGCGACAACGGCUACCUUUCCUUUGGUGGAAUUCCCCCCGUUAACACUACUGGGAAAACUGCAUCAACAGCUAUCCUUAGUAAUCAGGUAACAAGCACAGUGCCUACCAUCGAAAGAGACGACUUCUACAACAUCAAGAUCGAGGGCACUACCGUGACGGCAGCAAAAAAGAAUAAAGGCAAAACAAAUACCACUCAUUUCCAGUCGUUCCUAGCCAUUGUGGAUACUGGGACUACUGUCACUUAUCUCCCUACUGCCCUGUCUACUAUUAUUGCCAACUCCUUCAAUCCUGCUGCCACCUAUGUCAAUACUUCCGGGAUUUAUGAAGUUCCGUGCAACGCUACGGCGCCUAAAAUGGCCUUCACUAUCGGCAGUGUUAACUUCACUAUCAGCCCGGCGGACCUGAUCAUGCAGCCUCAAUUUGAUUCAAGUACUGGAUUGUGCGCCGUUGGAUUCCAAGAUGGUGGGAAUGACUCUCCCUAUACGCUUGGUGGUACAUUCCUGAACAACGUGCUUUCGACCUUUGAUCUUGGUGCAUUGGAAAUGAGGUUCACUGCUCUGGGUCGCAAUAAUUGGAAAUAG